AUGAAUUCCCCGGCUACUAAUCCUAGCCACUUGGCAGAUCUCAAUGUCGAAGCUGAAACACCCCCAAUCCCCGAAGGACCGACAGAUAGUCACAUCUUGUCUCAAGUUGAACAAGAUGAAAAGGGCUUAUCGCAACAGGCUGGUGACGACGCCGAAGUCACAGACUUAGGAUGGACUCAACCCUCUGAGCAUUUCGAUGAGGCUUUGAUCGCUGGAUUGUCAAACGAGGAUUUGUGGAUGCUCAUCAGACGAUUUAAUAAGCAAGUCUACAAUGUGAAAGCAGUAUCCAACGCACCUCUCCAGAAUCUGGACUUAACUCGAUCCGAUGACGACGAAUUCUCACCUGAUAAAUUGAGAGCAACACUCGAAAGAUUUUAUACUACUGUGUUUAUUGGAUUGACUGGAUUCGUCAAACAUAUCGCUCGACUACGAUCAUGGAAAGAACCUCGACGGACUACUGCUUUCUGUGCGGUAUACGUUUUGGCUUGGCUACUGGACUCCCUGAUGCCGACACUUCUUGCCACAAUAUUCGCUCUGAUUAUAUUCCCACCCUGUCGCGAUAUUUUGUUUCCUCCCGCGCCACUUGCCUUGGUCGAUAAAAACACCGGCGGUAUCCAGAAGCCAAAGGCUGGUGUUCUAGGCUCUCAUGAUAGUCUCACUGGCGCGCCGGAAAACUUCAAAGGCGAGGCCGCUGAAAAUGAAGCUAGUAACUUGGUGGCUGGGAUUGCUACUGUUGCUGUGGGGAGCGCAGUUGGGAAGAACGAUCAGGCUGUUCCAGAAGAUGCACCGCUUGAAGCAACCGUUCCCGAUGCAAUGGACAUUGUUGCAAAUAGUGCCGAUGCUCGAAGUGCUGCAAAUGGAGAGAUAUCCAAUGAUGCUCGCGAUAAAACUCGCCAGCCUAUGAAACAGUCCGUUCUUGAGGCGGCGAAUAUGCUGAUGCAGAUAAUAAACGACAUCACCGAUAUUUAUGUGCUCAUUAAGACUGCUGGCCUCGUCGUUGGGUUUGUCUUUUUCGGAGAUCCGAUUAUAUGGCGUGGCAUCGAGCUCCUAAAUUCCAAAUAUCCUCAUUGGGAAAACAUUUUGAAGAUUCAAAAUUCGUUACUAAAGGGCGUUCCGACAAAUGCCCAACUAACGCUUACACUCUUGCGAAUCGGCGAGGCCAAUGCAUCGCCACUGCCACCUCCUCCAACCUCAGCAAGUAAGCCACCAUCACGACCAGCUUCACUUCAUCAUGAAGAACUUACCCUCGGUGCCACCAAAGAAGAAAUCACGGAAGCAGCCGCAGCAGAACCCAAGAGCGAGAAACCGCACAGGCUUCCACUUCCUGCUCCCCCGAUAAGAAGAAACGGAUGGUCGGCCAAAGUAAUUGGCCUUUUCCGUGGAACGACAGCAACGGGAGUUGAAAGCAAAAGAGGAAUCGACAAAGUGCGAGCGAUGGUCGGGUCUGUUCAUGCGGCAAAUAGGGUUGGAGUACUUCGCCCGAAAGGCAAAGAAAGCACACCCGUCGGACCUGUGGAAUUCGAAGCCAGAUAUAAAGGUAAGCGUGGAGCGGUGGUUAUUGACUCGACUAAGGAAUCUCCCCUGCUGUAUUUCACGACGGAUAUCAAACAUGGAGACAUCCAAUCGGAAAGUCGAAAGAGCGAUUCGAUACUGUUCAGUAUUCCGGUUUCGGACAUUAAAGAAAUGAAAAAGCAAGGCGGUCUUGGCUGGAAAGGAAAGUUGGUUGUUGGAUGGGCUAUUGGUGGGAAAGAGGUUGUUGAUGGACUUCUUCUUGUGGGCAAGGCGCCGCGUCAAUCCUAUCAGUUGACGGCCAUGGGAACGAGAAACCAGCUUUUUAAUAGGCUGAUUGCCAUUGAUGGACAGGUCUGGGAAUGCUUCUAA